AUGGCCAGUGAUGCACGAAAGCUGCGUAAGGUGACACGCGCUUGUGAUGCGUGUAAAGCAAAAAAGAAAGCGUGUACAGGCACACUCCCUUGCGGCCCUUGCUCGCAGCGGCGGCUGUCAUGCACCUACAAUGCGGCUUACAACAGAGGUGUCGCCAUGAGCCCACUUUCUUCUGAUCACCAAAGCCACCAGAAAAAACGUCCAAGCUCCGCAAACUUCAGUUCAAACAGCAACCAGGACCAGGCCAUUGGCGAAUCUCGACAUCAGCAGUUUGCAACGGAGAUACCUUCCGAGAGCUGGGGCCAACCGCCAACCCCUCAUAGAUCUCCAGGUGUCGAGUUUGGCCAGGAUGCACCAGAUGAAUUUUCUGAGCCACCAAGAGAGACAGGCUCAACGAUUGUUGCUCCUCAGUACUGGGGGCCAACCUCGGCACAUUCCUUUCUUGGCCGCGUAGUUCAAGACCUACCCUCAACGCCCGCAAAAUUAUUACCCCAGCAAAAAAGCCAAGGGGCCUCAUCCAAUGUGUCAAUUUUCUCAUUUGGAGACAGGGUCGUUCCCGAAAUUAGCCCAGCGGAAUUUGAAUGGCCGACUCGAAGAGCAGCGGACAUCUUAAUCCGACGGUACUUUGACUUCGCUUCUCCGACCUAUAGAGUCCUCCACCAGCCAACAGUCGAAUUGAUGGUUCAUGAUCUUUUUGAAGGUGGUACCAAUGCAAAGGAAACCACUCUGGCGGCUGCUUCCAGGGCAACUCUACUCCUGAUAUUCAGCAUUGCGACAAUGUUUCAGCCAGACCACGAAGGGCGUAUCACAGACGCUGACACCUCUGGUUGGCAAAGAAGUGAAACUUAUUAUACGCGAGCAGAUUAUCUUCUACUACAUGAAAUGGGUGCACCAAGCUUGCCCUCAGUUCAAGCGCGCUUUCUGAUGGUACUCUAUCUUUUAAGUUCAUCGAGAGCUCAUAAAGCGUGGUUCACAUUUGGAACAACAGUCCAACUGAUGAUGGCCCUGGGCUAUCAUAGUAAAAGGCCACGUCUGGGUACCGAUCAAGAGGAUUUGAUUCAAAAGGAAUGCCAACGCCGGGUCCUUUGGUGCUCAUAUACAUUGGAUAAAUAUCUUAGUGUCAUAUUGGGCCGUCCCCGUCUUUGGCAAGACGAAGAUCUGGAAGAGGAUCUUCCUGAUCGAAUUAAUGACCAAGACUUAACCCGCCACGAAAAACGAAUUUCUAAGCGGGAUUGUUUGAUGGAUGCCCCUGUGUUUCAUACCGUGCUGGCUCGGAUUCUGACACAGGCUGCUAAAGAGCCCUAUGUGGUCACAGGCGUCUCUACCAAAGAGCAAAUCGAUAUCAUUAGACUCUUUUGCGGGCGAGUUGCCGAAUGGCAGGCUGAGCUACCGGCAUUUCUAUCAGGCAUUAUUCAGCCGGACAGCUUAGUCCCUGGACUGAGACGUCAGCUCACCGUUCUGCAGUUAGCGCGCUAUCAUACAUUGAUAUUCAUUACUCGGCCGCUGCUUCUCCGAAACUAUAGUCAGACCUGGCCAGAGUGCGAAGCAAAUUGCCAAUACUACCUUAGUUUGUGUUUGACAGCGGCACGAGACGCAAUCGAGUUGAUUCUUGCCUUUGUGCAAGAGAAGCAGCUUUUUCAGUCUUUUUGGUAUUCUCAGUAUAUUGCCUUCAACGCAUUAUCGAUUAUCUACCUUUACCUGAUACAAGUUCAGCGAGGUCGAAUUUCCCCAGUCAGUCUCCGUUUCGUCUCAACUCAGGAUGCACCUUUCGACUCCCCAUUGGAUGAAUCGACACUUUACAGAUUAUCAGAAACUGCACAAGCACACCUUGCCGAUGCCACUGUUCGCAAUGCGCCACCGUGGAGAUACAGCGUUAUAUUACAGGGCCUGCGCCGAGAGUUGACAAAGUUCCAAUACGGUAAUACUACCACUGGGGAUACUUCUCCUUCCGAAACCCACCAACGUGAUAUGAUUGCAUUUGCGCAAGCUGAACAGAAUGGGCCGGGUACGCAAGAGAUUCUUUCAAGGCAGGAUGAACCGGGCAUAUCCGGUCUUGAAAAUGACUCAUUUCUGCUUGAUCCGCAAACCGAACUAUUACUGGACAAUCUUGCGACCGACGAAGACUUGGUCCUUGAUUUCUGGCCGCAAUUUGAUAGCCUGCCUAUCUCUUAUCUUGUUUAG